AUGACGCAGAAGAGAAAAAGAGAAAGGAAGAAUGAGCUAAAGAAUGAGGGUGGCUUUGCCGGAAAACAAGAACAGAGGAAGAGAACCACGAAAAACAGAGGAAGAGAAUGGCCUCUAAAUAUUACAAGUAGUGUGAUUUUGGUCAGAUGCAAAUAUUACCCAAAUUUGCGACUGCGAUUGGAAUUUUCUGGGCGAUUGAAAUUAGGGUUCAUCAAGCAUUUUGGCGAUGGAGAUGGUGCUUUGGUUUGGUUUCAGAUACUGAUUGACCCUUCUGAUUGGGAAGAUCAUUCCAAAGGAAAGGAAGGUUGCGUAAGAUACAGGAUUCAUAACCUCCCCAAGGAAUCGAAUCCAGGGGUGUAUGAGCUUGGAAUUGAUGUAUUCGAUGGUGGUUUAGGGCGUGAAAUUUCCAAGCUUACCCCUCAUUCUCAUCGCAUAGUGAUGGUUUACCUUGGACAAGCUGACAAUGUGAGAACAAGACUCCAGCAUUAUGGCAGAACAGGUGAUCAUAUGCAGAGUGGUUGUUGGAAUGGUUCUUCUUCCCAAAAGGGGCGCCCCUUGUUUGAGGAAGUGUUUUCACAAGGAUUCUCAAUCGUUUAUAGAUGGGCUCCUAAACAACGAGAGAAGACCAAACAUGGAGGAAAGGAGAAGGAAGAAAGCUUGAUGGAAGAGCUGCAGAGCUUAGAGAAGCUGCAGAGGCCAAAAUCACUUUACUUACCCACUCCAAAUUACCCCAAAUUCAAUUUUUAA